GUACAAGAUCACAUCAGUACAUCACACAAGCCAAUCCCUUGGGUUCGUCUCUAAUCGCCGGUAUGGCAGGGGCAGGGGCAGCGUUUCUUCGAUCUGCGGCUAGCAAGAUAGUCCGCGCACCGCCUCGCCUUCUUGUGCAGGAGGGCCUCCAGCACCAUGGCCGCCGCCUUCUAGGGCGAGGACCGUCCUACCGCCUUUCGAGCUACUCCACCUCUGGUGCUUCUACGCCGCCACCAACCAACCACAUGCCUGCAAGGUACUUCAACAAAUUCCCGUGCUCCCAUGCUGAUGCUAAAACAAGAUUGGCAACAAUUGGAAUGCCGUCAACUAUCAUGAACGGCAUGAAGCCAGAUUUUCUCUAUUUUGCUCGAGGAGUGAAGCGAACAUUUUCAUCGAGUGCAUCCAAAUCCAACAACCACAAAACUGCUAUGGAAGCUGAAAUGGCUGCACGGCAAGCCCAAGAUGCAGCUUGCAAACCAAAACCAUUAUCGGAUGAAAGUAGAAACAAAGAUUUGAAUUCUAUUAUAGCCCUGAUGGCAUUUACUUCUGCUGGUGUUCUCUACCUUGAGAGAGAAAGGAGAGACAGCCUUGAGAGCGAAAGGAGGGACAGCCGUUCAAGUCGUUGCUUAAACUGCCGCAACUGCCCGUGCCAGGGUUGAAAUCCUAAGGUUCAACAAGAUUAGGAGCCGCAAGUACUAUGAGGCGGCUGUGUUAUGUUUUGUUGGACAAGACCAUCCGUCCAUCCCUCUGAAUUUCUGUUCUUAAUUGAAGGCUCCCAAUGCCAGCUAAUGGCAGAGGGAACGUCUGGAGGUCCUGGAAGCAGUGAUGCUUCGUCACUAUUUCCUUAUUGCAAUCAAUAUUUAUUUAUUAUUGGGUUUAUCCA